AUGAUGGAACGGGCGAUGGAGCAGCUCAACGUACAGCUUAACCGACUGACUCGCUCCCUCCGCCGGGCCCGGACUGUGGAACUUCCUGAAGACAAUGAAACUGCAGUAUACACACUUAUGCCAAUGGUCAUGGCUGACCAACACAGGUCAGUGUCGGAAUUGCUGCUCAACUCCAAGUUUGAUGUAAACUACGCUUUUGGACGCGUGAAGAGGAGUUUGCUUCACAUUGCUGCAAAUUGUGGAUCAGUGGAGUGUCUUGUUCUGCUGUUGAAGCGAGGCGCAAACCCAAACUACCAGGAUAUCUCAGGUUGUACUCCAUUGCACCUUGCUGCAAGGAAUGGCCAGAAGAAAUGUAUGGGCAAACUACUGGAAUAUAAUGCUGAUGUCAACAUCUGCAACAAUGAGGGACUGACAGCUAUCCACUGGUUGGCAGUGAAUGGGCGGACUGAACUCCUUCAUGAUCUAGUCCAGCAUGUGUCCAAUGUUGAUGUUGAGGAUGCCAUGGGGCAGACUGCAUUGCAUGUAGCCUGUCAGAAUGGGCACAAAACUACGGUGCUCUGCCUCCUAGACAGUGGCGCUAACAUCAACCGACCAAACGUCUCAGGUGCCACACCUCUUUACUUUGCUUGCAGCCAUGGCCAAAGAGACACAGCACAAAUCCUGCUUUCUCGAGGAGCCAAAUACCUUGCUGACAAAAAUGGGAUCACUCCUCUUGAUCUUUGUGUGCAGGGAGGAUACGGGGAGACCUGUGAAAUCCUCAUUCAGCACCACAGCAGACUCUUUCAGAUACUUAUUCAGAUGACUCAAAAUGAUGACAUCAAAGAGAAUAUGCUUAGGCAGGUACUGGAGCAUGUUUCUCAGCAGAGUGACAGUAAUUACCAGAGAAUCUUGACAAGUCUGGCAGAGGUUGCCACCACUAAUGGACAUAAGCUGCUAAGCCUAUCCAGCAGCUAUGAUGCUCAGAUGAAGAGUCUUUUGAGGAUUGUUCGAAUAUUCUGCCAUGUAUUCCGCCUGGGACCUUCAUCGCCAAAUAAUGGCAAUGAUAUGGGCUACAAUGGCAACAAGACUCCUCGUAAUCAGGUCUUUAAGCCACUGGAGCUACUUUGGCAUUCACUUGACGAGUGGCUGGUACUGAUCUCCACUGAACUAGACAGAAACAGCAACCCCUCAUCCACCUCUUCCAACAGUGAGAUAGCUUCCCUGCUUCUCAAACAGCGGGAAGUCGAUCACUCUAGUACCACACCAAAGCUCCCCACCUCGCUGGACCCUCAGAUUGUCAUGGAAACAGAAGUAUAUGCUGAUGGGGAAGACGUUAUCUCUAUGACUGCCAAUCGGCUCAGCGCCGUGAUACAGGCUUUUUACAUGUGCUGCUCGUGCCAGAUGCCACAAGGAAUGACAUCCCCUCACUUCAUUGAAUUUGUCUGCAAGCAUGACGAAGUGCUGAAAUGCUUUGUGAACAGGAAUCCAAAAAUAAUCUUUAACCACUUCCACUUCCUGCUUGAGUGUCCUGAGCUGAUGUCACGUUUCAUGCAUAUCAUUAAAGGCCAGCCUUUCAAGGAUCGCUGUGAGUGGUUUUACGAGCAUCUUUUAGCUGGACAGCCAGACUCGGACAUGGUUCAUCGUCCUGUCAAUGAGAGUGACAUCCUUCUCAUCCAACGAGACUCCAUAUUUCGGAGCAGCUGCGAAAUGGUUUCAAAGUCCACCAAUGAGAAACUGAAGCAAGGGAUUGCUGUCCGCUUUCACGGCGAGGAAGGAAUGGGUCAGGGUGUUGUUCGGGAAUGGUUUGACGUCCUAUCCAAUGAGAUAAUCAAUCCGGACUAUGCUCUCUUCACUCAAUCAGCUGAUGGUACAACUUUCCAGCCCAACAGUAACUCCUCAGUAAAUCCAGACCAUCUGAACUACUUCCGAUUUGCAGGCCAGAUCUUGGGUUUAGCUCUGUAUCACAGACAGCUGGUCAAUAUCUAUUUCACCCGCUCCUUCUAUAAACAUAUACUGGGAAUCCCAGUGAACUACCAGGAUGUGUCAUCCAUUGAUCCUGAGUAUGCAAAGAACCUGCAAUGGAUCCUGGACAAUGACAUCAGUGAUCUGGGUCUAGAGCUCACCUUUUCAGUGGAAACAGAUGUAUUUGGUGCCAUGGAGGAGGUGCCGCUCAAACCAGGAGGCACAAGCAUUCUUGUGACUCAAGACAAUAAGGCUGAGUAUGUCCAGCUUGUGACUGAACUCAGAAUGACAAGGGCCAUCCAGCCUCAAAUCAACGCCUUCCUGCAAGGAUUCCACACUUUCAUCCCACCCUCACUGAUUCAGCUUUUUGAUGAAUACGAAUUGGAGCUCCUGCUGUCAGGAAUGCCAGAGAUUGAUGUGCAGGAUUGGUGUAUGAACACUGAGUACACCAGUGGCUACGACCCUCAGGAGCCAGUCAUCCAGUGGUUUUGGAAAUUGGUGGGACAACUAACCCAGGAGGAACGAGUUCUGAUGCUUCAGUUUGUCACUGGAAGCUCCAGAGUUCCUCAUGGUGGCUUUGCCUAUUUAAUGGGUGGAAGCGGUUUACAGAAGUUCACUAUUGCUGCAGUGCCAUACACCUCCAACCUUCUGCCUACCUCCAGUACUUGUAUCAACAUGCUGAAACUCCCUGAAUACCCCACCCAGGAGAUCCUGAGAGAUCGCCUCCUGGUAGCGCUGCAUUGUGGGAGCUACGGGUAUACCAUGGCAUAG